ACCUUUUUAUUUUCCAGAGAACGGUGGUUUACAGAACCAAGUACUUGCAUUUCAUGUCAGGGCUUCCUUUCCAAAAAGAAAAAAAGUUCUGUGCUCCACACCUCUGCAAAGUGUAGGCAAGAGCCUACCGUGCCCUGACGUUGUUCGUCUUCGCGGUCUCGCAGUCGAGGCAGGUGCUGUGUGAAAAUAAAAACGGUUGAAAAUGGAAAAUGGCCUGAAUUCCACGAAUCGGGUCGGACACAACAACGACUCCCCGAAUGCCGUCAUAUCUCAGCCGUCGUUCGGGAAGAAACCGGGCGAGGACCCGGACUAUCAGUUCCACGUCCUCGCCGAGGAGCCCAUCAACGACAGCGACGAGUACACGGACUCGGACUCCGACUCGUCCUCGUCCUCCGAGAGCGAGGGCUCCUCGUACGACAGUGACGACGAAGGGGAGGCGGAGGACGGGAUCAUCCCGCCCGGUGCAGACUUCGCGGAUCAGCUGGAGAGGGCGAGCCGGGGCAAGCCCUUCCAGUCGUGGGUCCAGCCCCGCAUCACAGAGGAGAUCCGCGCGCCCCUCGAGUCGAAGGACCUGAACGGCGUGGCGAACGACACCGUGAAGAAGUCCCCUCCCCCUACCAAGCAGCUCGACAUCUCGGAUCUCUUGGAGGAGCCCACCUCGAAGAAGCGGAAGCGAGACGACGACGAGGACGGCGACUCAUGCAAUCUCAAGGAGCUCUGCACCACAUUCGCCGUCCCCUAUCAUGUUGCCAGGCGGACGGCCGUGUCCACAGAAGAGGAAACUUACGUUCUCCACGUGGAUGCUAAUCUCGACUCCCCAGAUGCACUCAUUGCAGCAGGCUUAUCUAACCCCUGCAUUCAUGUGUAUAAUGCAGAGAGAUUGGCCCUCAUUGCAAAGCUCAAGGGUCACUCAGAUGUCAUCACAGGGGUCAAGUUCUGUAAUACGAGACCUCAGGUCUUACUUACUGGUGGAAGGGAAGGCUCCCUUCGGCUCUGGGAUUUACGAACCAAGCCGUACUCCUGUAUUCACACAUACUCUGGAAACGAAAUGACAAGAAACCCCGGUCGCACAAAGCAUAUCACCUGUUUCGACCUGGACUGCCAGGAUCGAAUCCUCUGUGCCGGAACUGAGCAGCUGUUUGGUGAUGCCUACCUUCUUUUCUGGGAUAUUCGAAGUACAAGACUCAUGGGUGGCUACUGGUAUUCUCAUGGCGAUGAUGUUACUCAGGUGCGUUUUCAUCCAAAUGAGGGGGACACAUUGGCUACUGCAUCUGUGGAUGGGUUGUUGAAUAUCUUCGACCUGGAGCAGAAUGAAGAAGACGAUGCAUUGAUGCAUACACUCAAUGCCGACUGCUCACUCCGCACAGUCAACUGGUAUGGCCAGUGUGAUAGGUGGGGAUUCCUGUCCUGUAUCACUCACAAUGAAGACUUGCAGUUAUGGAACCGGGCAGACGUGAACCCUUAUGCGUCCUUCUCCCGCAUCGACAUCAGUACUGAGAUGAGGCGGAAGUCUUCCAAUUACGUAUACCUGGUGGAUGUGCACAAGCGCACAAAUGACGAGCUGCUCAUUCUUUGUGGAUCCAGUUACAGAGAAAACGGAUGCCUUCGGCUCCUGAGGGUCCAGAACAAUCGACUACGACCCCAUGCACUCCUUCCUCAGACCAAAUUUGAUACUCAGAUUGUGCGAGCUAGCCACCUAUUUCAGGCUAGUGAAGUCCUGUUGACUGCUGGUGAAGAAGGGAUUAUCAACUUAUGGUCUCCUGGUGAUCCAGAUGAGAUCUCCCACGAUUCGUCUUUCAUCAACGCUGUUUCUCCUAGUAACACUCAGGAGGAGACUGGAGUCGACUUGAUUGAGGAGUACAGCAAUGGUCAAGCCAGUUCACCAGAAUCUGACAUGAAUGGGACUUGAUUGGGAUCAACUACCUUUUUCUAUUUUCUGUUUUUGUUUUCUCCUCUGUCUCAUUUUCCAGGAAAUACUUUGUGCCGUAGUCUGGUCUAGUCUGCCGAAAUUCCGAGUAUUUGUUCGUGGAAGCCUUUGGGAACGAGAGGGCAUUAAGUUGAAGGGCACAUGUGUGAUAAAUGAUUCUUUGAUACCUUGCCACAUGAUACUUUUCAAAGGGGUAAGUCAUGUAAAUGACAAGAGUGAAAGUUGUAUCAACUACUCCUGACUUGGGCCUGCUACAAAGAAAAAAAAAAAGCUUCAGCAUCUGAGAUUGGUCGUUUUGAUUGGGAGAGUGAGAGUUGAGAAGAAAACAAUGGCUGUAUCUUGGAAACCUUUCUCAGCACUGAAUACCUGACGGUUUACUCUGGAAUAAAACUGC